AUGGCGGGCGCCAUUGCUGUUGCCAGGGUGUGCGGGUCCCGCGGCGGCGGCGAUGGCGGCGGGGCCGGGCACGGAGGGGCCGGGCACGGAGGGGCCGCUGGAAGCAGGGUCAUCCCGGAGCAUGGCGCGUGGGAUUACAUCCAGACGGUUCUGGAAGUGCUCCAUUGGGUUCAGGGAUUCUCAAACAAGAACUUGGCCUUUGUCAACAAUCAAACUGUCUGCUACCCAUGUGGUAAUUACAUCCUCUUCCUGGACAUCAAAACAAAGAAGACAAGAGCAGUGCAGUGUCAGACUGGCCAGGUGGGAGCCUUUGCAGCAAAUGCCAACCGUCGAGUGGUGGCCUUUUCUGACCGGAAGCUGAACCCCGUCAUACACAUCUACACCUUUCCAGAACUGAGUAAACUGACAGAAUUAAAAGAGUUCGUGCAGAAAAUAACAGAUGUGGUGUCCUAUGUUCGUAGAGAAGUGCAGAAAAAGAAAGGUGGCAAACCAAGCAAUCUGGAAAACCCAGUUUUACUUGCCAUGGCAUUUUGUAAUGAGGGGCUGUAUGCAGCUGGACGUGAGGGCGUUUUAAUCUUUUAUCACAUCAAAGGUCUGCAAUAUGAGAUAAAAAUCUGUGCUGAUAUCUCACAGCCCAUAUCCAGCCUCAUAUUUUCUCCUGAUUACACCAGUCUGCUGCUUGUCACUGACCAGGGGACAGUCUAUAGUUACAGACCUGCCCAUAGUGGAGAAGCUGUCAAACUCUUGGACACAUCCAGCAGUUGUUUUCUGGCAGCUGAUUUCCUUACUCCAGGGAACAACUACUGUGUGUCUGUAACAAUUUCAGGUGAAGUGCAAGUUUGGUCCUUGGAAGAUGGAACUUUCCUCAGCAAGCUAAGCCUUGGUAUUGAGGCAACUUCUAUGGCUUGCUGUCCCUCCUCCAACAGUGUUGCUGUAGGGACCCAAAUAGGUCAAAUCUAUUUCCUUGAUGUUACCAAAGCUGAAGCUCCACGGGUUGUUCACAGAACUUUUCUUUCCAAACUUCCAGUGCUAUCUUUGCAUUAUGAUCAGAGUGGCCAGUUCCUCAUUGCAAGAGCUACUGAAGGACACAUCUUUAUUCUAGAUGCUCGUCCAUCAAAAUUAUUCCAAGUUCUGGGAUAUAUAGUACUGGCAGAUGAAGUGCUCCAUCUUUCUGUACUUUCUCACCUAAAGAAUGACCAAGUUGAAGUGAUGGUACUUCUUAAUCUAGCAGAGGUCCAACAAGCAAGACUGGAAAUUUUUCAUCUGUCUUCAGCAAUCAUAACAGAUAACGAUAAGUAUGUGAAUGAACAAGGAAUGUUUAAAGCUAGUGACCUGAAAAAGGAGCAAUAUGAUCUGGAUUGCCCUUUGAGCUCAGCAGUCAGACUGAAGGAUAACAUUGUGUAUGGCUACUGCACCUGUGCACCUUUCAUCUGUAAAUACCACUUCUCUGAAGAGAAUAAGCUGGAAAAUCCAUCAGUAUUUUUAUCAGAAAAGAAGAUUCCUAGCAAACAGUUUGGAUCAGGUUUGCUCUGUUUAUCACCCAACAGCCAGUGGCUGGCAGCAGCAGCCAAGGAUGGUGUUUUGUUUAUCUACAAUACUUCUACUCUGGAUGUACUUGCUCAAAAACACUGUCAGUCAUAUCAAGGAGGGGGAAUCAGAUCCAUGGCAUUCUCCCUGGAUGGCAAUUUCAUCCUGGUUAACGGUGAAAAUGAUUGUGCCCUGGUGUGUCUGAAGUGGAAGGAAAUAAAGGAAACUGAAGUUGAGGAAGCUGCUCUUUACUGGCAAUCUCUACGUGAUAUACUGAACAAGUCUACUUCAAAUGAAAAUUCUGUUCUAAAAUCUAUGGCAGAAUGGAAGUUUGACGCAGAAUCUACAUCAAAAUCACUUCCAGUGACAGAAGAAGAUGGAAGCAUCACAAAUACCGAUGACUUGACAUGGAUAGGCCAGAGAACACAGAAGGUUAUGAGAGAAGAGACUCGGAGGUUUGCUUACCAGAAGGAAGAGGUGCAAAUGGGAAUUAAAAAGCUGCGUGAAACUAUUCAGAAAAUGAUGCAUGAAAAUGAGCAGGUGCCAGACAUUGAGAAACUCGAGCUCUGGGAGUUCAACCUGGACUUAGAAGAACAGAAACAAGUGCAAGCGGAGGUUGAAGAAGACGUGGCCAGGGCAAGGAAGAAGGUUGAGAUGGAGACUUUAUCCUACUGCUAUUUGCAGGAUUUAAUCAAAUAUGAUUGCUGGGAUGUCAUGUGUGUAAAAGAGCGUGCAGUUAAGUGCUUCCAUAUCAAUUGUCAAGUGAGUAAUUAUCCACUGAAGGAACGUAGUAAAGAAGAGCUGGAAACUUUGAAGAAAGUUCUCCAGUUAAAGAAGACCGAGACAGCUAAUCUUAAGGCUCAGAAGAAAAAUCUUGAGGCUGACUCUGAGACAGCUUUAUCUGAGGAAGAAGAAGAGAAAGCAGCAGAAAUGGCUGAUGGUGCAUCUCACUGGCUAAAUGGAAGCCUGAGCUCUCAGUAUGGUGGGGACACAUCCAUCCUAUACCACCAAUGUGACUUGCACACCAAGGAGCAGAAGCUCAAUCAGAUAAUAUUAUUGAAGGAAAUAAUUUACAAAGUGAAAACUGCUUUUAAUGAGGAAUUUGACAUAGUUGUACAACAAAAGGAGCAGGAGAUAGCCCGAGUGAAAGAAAGAAACCUGAAGAUCCGAGAAAUCUUGGAACAGCUUGAACUUCAAGUGGAAGUGUGGGAGCCUGUCCUUACAGAUGACGAGAUGCCAGAGCGAGCGCUCACUGUUCAGGAUUCAGAGAUUAAAGCUGAGAAAUACAUGACUCGAGAGGAGACAGAGCAAGCAGAAAUGCUGGCUAGGCUUGAAAUGGAAAGACGCCUUGCUGCUAUGGAUGAUGAAAGACCACGUGCUCUUGAUGACAUGAUGGGUGGAGUGUUAGAAAUCAGGAAGGAAGACAUUUUGAAAAUGGAUAUUCCUCCACCUUCUUUUAUAUCUAGAUCGGAGGAUCUUUGGACUGAAGAAGAAAAGAAAAUAUUUGAAGAAUAUGAGAAAAAAGUCAAGGAGCUGAAUGAAGAAAAAGAAGAGUAUAGACAGUUUCUGAGAAAUGAAUGGAACAAACUUGAAACUUCCAUCAAGGAAACAACAAAAAAUUUUGAUGAGAUUGUCUGCAAACUCUCUGAAAAGAAACUGAAAUUAGAGAUGGUCAUCUACCAGGAAGAACUCAAAAUAGUCAAUCUCAUUUAUGCUUUACUGUUGGAUGAAGAGUUGGACACCAGAGAAGCUGGACUUCAUAAAUUCCUCAUGAAAAAAAAGAAAGAAAAAGUCAAGGGUGCAAGAAAAAUGCUGACUGCAAAAUACAGUGUUGAGGCUUACACAGGCCCCUACAAAGACGCAUUACACGAAGAGAAGAGCCUGGAGCAUGGUUUUAUAAAGCAGUUUGCUGAUGUACCUCAUGAUCUCCUUGAGGAACUUUUACAUCUUUACAGACAUCGACCAGAGACCCCAAGGACAGAAACCCUCCUUGACACAGCUGACCCCUAUGUGAAGGGAUCACCUGAGGAUUACCAAGAUGCACUUUCCCUUUUAAUGAAAGCCAUGGAUGAACUGGAUAGUCCUGAGCACAUGCCUAGUGGCUUAGACCCGUCUGUGUGGGAACGUUUUUGUCUGGCUAGACGAAGUAAAAUGGAGAGUGAGGAGCUGGUGAAAUGGAAGGCCCUAGCACUGACAGACAAGCAGGCCUGUCUCCAGAGAAGAGUGAAUGAAAAUGACAAGAUGAAGUCAGAAUUAGAGAACAUUUUCCAAGAACUCACUUGGCUGAAGGAGGAGAAGAUGAAGCUUCAGCAGAAUGUGACUGUCCAGUUUUUGCUAAAACAAGGACAGGUGGAAUUGGAAAGUACUCAGAUCCCAGACUACAGUGAUGCUGUUCUCAUUGAUAGGAGUGUUGUUGAAGAACUGAAUUGCGCUCUUGCGGCUCAAGGAGAAAAAAAAAUUACUGCCAUGGUAGAAUCUAAAGACUUCUCUAAAGGGAUAAUACAGCUGGAAUGGGAACACAAGAAAAUGAAAAUGCAGAUACAAGAUCUGAAAGAGAAGGCUCGGGAUAUUGUAAUACUACCUAUUUCAAAAGAUUGCCAGCUAUUCCUAAGUGUGAACAACUACGACACCCACAUUGCUCAGCACUUAGCAGGGAUGGAGCAGAGCCUUGGUGUCAUGGAUAAGAUGCACAAGAAGAAUGUGAAAAAACAUCAGAAAAAAGUCAGAGAGCUGAAGAAGUGCAUCCAUCUAAAAGAGCAAGCGAACUACGAGCUCAGCCUGCAGCUGAAGGAAAUGCUUGUCUCUGUGUCAGAAAGGAUGCACAUCUUUGAGGCAGCUGACACACGGGAUAUUUCUAAAAAGAUCACAAGGCAGCGUUACCAAGAGAUUGUGAAGCAGAAAUAUCUACGGAUCCUUAUAAGGGAACAGGAAAAGCAGCUUGCAAUUCUUCGGUCAGAAGCUGAAAGCUGGAAACCAAGGACACUCCAUAUUACUUAAAAAUCAAGAGUCUAGGUAGAUGAAUAAUACCGUGGUCUUAUCUAAGGAAAAGAGUUUUGU